UAAGCUAAAGCUUGAAAAUCGGCUGUUGGUCCAUAUCCCAAUCGCAUAAUCAAACGCAAUCGCUAAACAACAACGGCUUCUUGUCUUCCUCAAGCCUGAACUUCUUCUCAAGGCAGUAAUCCUGCAUAUAUCAUAGGAAUCACUACAGUCCAUCAACCUCUGAAAUCGAAGAACAAUGAGCGCGGAAGAGAAAAAGAAACCCAUUUUAGUGAUCCUGGUCGGUGCGCCUGGAAGCGGCAAGUCCACCUUUUGUGAACACGUUAUGCAAGCUUCUUCCUUGCAUUGGGUUCGCAUUUGUCAGGAUACCAUAGGGAAAGGUAAGGCAGGAACAAAAGCUCAAUGCAUAAUGGGUGCUAGUAAAGCAUUACAGGAUGGUAAAAAUGCGUUUAUUGACAGAUGUAAUCUCGAAAGAGAACAACGAGCUGAAUUUGUGAAGCUUGGCAGCCCUGAAAUUGAUGUUCAUGCUAUAGUACUUGAUCUUCCUGCCAAAUUGUGCAUCUCUAGGUCUGUUAAGAGAACCGAGCACGAGGGAAACUUGCAGGGUGGAAAGGCCGCAGCAGUUGUAAACCGGAUGUUGCAAAAGAAAGAGCUGCCGAAACUGACCGAAGGGUAUUCUAGGAUCACAGUUUGCCAAACUGAAACUGAUGUUCAGGCAGCUGUUGUUGCAUACAGCACUCUUGGUCCACUGGAUACCCUUCCACCUGGCUAUUAUGGUCAAAAGAGCCAAGAUGCCAAAAUCCAACUCGGUAUUAUGAAAUUUCUUAAAAAAGCCGAUGCCUCUGUUGAUAAGGAAUUGGGACAGAAGGACUCUGGUGAUAAAGCAAUUACUAAGGGAAACAAAGCCAGUUUGGAAGUAAAGGCAGAUGACAAAGCUGAAUUAGGAUCUUCUUCUCAUGGAACUUCAUGUUCAAAUGACAUUCCGACUCUGGCAUUUCCAUCCAUCUCUACUGCAGAUUUCCAGUUUGACCUUGAGAAGGCGUCUGAUAUUAUUGUGGAGCAAGUUGCAGAAUUUGUCUCUGAACUUGAGAAUGCUAGGCUUGCUUUGGUGGACUUGUCACACUCUUCAAAGAUUCUGUCUUUGGUACGGGCUAAAGCUGUUAAAAAGAACAUCGAUCCCAAUAAGUUCUUAACCGUCGUUGGAGAUAUAACUCUCCUGAAAUCAAAAGGAGGAAUUCAAUGCAGCGUGAUCGCUAAUGCUGCUAACUGGCGAUUAAAACCGGGAGGUGGGGGUGUUAAUGCUGCGGUAUUUAACGCAGCAGGUCCUUCAUUGGAGAAGGCCACCAAAGAACAAGCUGAAUCCAUGAGCCCGGGAAAUGUUGUUACUGUCCAUCUUCCUUCAACUUCUCCUCUAUUUAUCAGGGAAGGUGUAACUCAUGUCAUUCAUGUUCUUGGACCAAAUAUGAACCCACAAAGACCAAACUGCCUCAAGGAUAAUUAUGUUGAGGGCUGCAAUGUCCUUCGCAAGGCUUAUGCAUCUCUGUUCCAAAGUUUCGUAGGUCUGGUUAAGUCCCAAGAGAAAUCACAUAGCACUUCAAAAGUUCAGCCAUCUGACCUCAAGAUCAGUCCAAAGACUCAUGAUCAGAAAGUCAAGAGAGAAGGUGUGUUUGAAUCCGAUAUGAAUAAUAAGAAGCACAAGGGAACUGAAGAAGUUUUUGGUCGGCCAGGUGAUGAAAUGGACACAAUGUAUUCCGGUAAGGAAAGAAAGAAAUGGGGCUCUUGGGCUCAAGCACUUUACAAUAUUGCCAUGCAUCCCGAGGAACAUAAGAAUGAUGUGUUGGAGAUAUCUGAUAAUACAGUUGUCCUGAAUGAUGUCUAUCCAAAGGCAAAGGUGCAUAUUUUGAUUUUGGCUAGAGUAAAAGGCCUUGAUAGUCUCGCAGAUGUACAUAAAGAUCACAUUCAGUUAUUGAACUCAAUGCAUGAAAUGGGCAUAAAGUGGGCUGAAAAAUACUUAAAUGAAGACAAUUCUUUAACUUUCCGUCUUGGGUACCAUUCGACUCCUUCAAUGCGACAACUGCACCUUCACGUGAUCAGUCAGGACUUCGACUCGAAGCAUUUGAAGAAUAAGAAGCAUUGGAAUUCCUUCAACUCUGAUUUCUUCUUGGACUCUGUUGAUGUAAUAGCUGAAAUCGAAGAACAUGGGCAGACCACAUUGAAAGAUGUCGAGAAGCUCUUAUCAAUGGAGCUACGUUGCCACAGAUGUAGAAGCGUGCAUCCUAACAUUCCUCGUUUGAAAACCCAUAUUGCAAACUGUCAAGCGCCAUUUCCUCCUGCUCUACUCAAUCGGCUAAAGAUUGCUGCAAGAAAAGAUGAGUUGAAUCGAUAAGGCAUUAGAAAGCGAUCUCGAUUUCUGUAUGGACAAUGGAAGAGUUGCCAAUGAUGGAAUGCAUCUAAUCAUAUGUUUGGUUUCUUCCUUGUAAAACCUGGAUGUAUGCCAGUGAUGCGAGAUUAUACUGGUGUAUCUCCUUUUUUUGUCUUAAUUUGCUAUUUUGUAUUACAGAUUCUUCUUGCUUUUAUAAAUUUAAUUUUG